AUGGCGGCAUCGACCGAAAACGACAACCGCCCCAACGGUCUGACCAUCCCCGUCCUUCGCACGGGAUACCAAGUUACCAAAGUACUGUACCUGCACUUGCAACCUGAAAUGGGAGUGUGCUCUGCAAUAACGUAUACAGAGCCGGAGGCAUUCCAGGUGUCGAGUUUCAACGGUCGUCGGUAUCAAUCUUCGUGCCAACCGGGGUCGUCGCACGGGGAGAUCAGUGUAAUGAUUGGCACCGUAGCGCAAUUUGGCCAAUUUCCCAAUCAGUUUGGGCGUUACGGCCACUACAGUCGAUUCUCGACACACCAGCCGCCCAUCAAGCGGCUCCCAUUCCGCAAGCUGAUGCAGGGCUCCAGUCGUUGGGGGAGGCUUGCUGGGAGGGCUGCUAGCCUUGCUGCCGUCAUUUUCGUGGAAAAUCCACACCGUCGAAAAAAGAAAAAGCCGUACUCUUCCCGCGUUGAUAGAGGCUUGUCUUUUGCACAGCGGGCUGCGAGACUGAUGGAGACCGCAGAGCUCACAGUCUACAGACGUGGAUUUCGCCAAACCUCAGCUUGGGUUUUGCUUUUCAAAGUGCGCAGGAUAGUGGCUCUCCUUGCCUCCGAGAUCACUGCAAGCAUACGGCAGUUGUCUCCCACUGAGGGCCUCAUGUCGAAAGCCAUUGUAAGUGGCGACAAAGCCGCCAUCGCCGGAUCAAAAUCAGGCCAGUUAUCGUCUCUACUCCCAUACAUCAAAUCGCAACCUGCUCGGACAUCGGUAUCUCUGCCUGUGCCAGAUAGCAACAAUGAGCGUGGCAUCCAAUAUGAAAAGCCUUUGACACGGUCGGAAAACCAGUGA